GCUGUGUUCUUUGUGUUUUGGAAAAGAAAAAAUAAACUAUGUGAGGAUGUGAAUAAAAUCGACAAGGAAUUAUCGACCAGAAACAAAUAUUUUAACUGUGAAAAGUGACGAUUGUAGUUUGAUAUUUAAGCAUUAAAAGUAUAUGUUUUAAAAAUCGAAAAAGAAUAAGCAUGAACUCUUGAGCUUUAUGGCACAUUCGGUCAUAGACUGAGUAGAAAAAUCCCUACAUAUUGUAAAAGAAAAGAAAGGAAAAAUAAUAAUCCAAGGCGGAUAGUGUUGGAUUUCUCGACCUCGAAGCAAAGGUCGUCGCUCGUUCUCCAUCUCGACCCCCUUUCCCGCCCCCCCCUCCCCAGGAGUGAAGGACACGCCCCCACCCCCCUCGGCUCCCUCCCCAGGCUCCCCCGUGCGGCGAUGGAAAGGAUGGCGGGGACGGCCGAACACCACAGCAUAUGCCCGAUCCUGGUCCGGCUGUGGCUCCUGUUCACCAUCUUCCACCAUGCACAAGGAGUGAAGCCGCGGGACCCGAGCUUCCUCUCCGAAAUCCAGAACAUGACUGUCUCCGAGGGAAGGACGGUCAAGUUCGCCUGCCGCGUCGAUAACUUGGGCAUACACAAGGUGGCGUGGAUCCACUACGAGAACUCGGCGAUCCUGACGGUGUCCAACCACGUGAUCACCCGCAACGAGCGCAUCACCGUCAGCCACGACAAGCACCAGAAGACGUGGUACCUGCACAUCUCGGACGUGCGCGAGACCGACACCGGGAAGUACAUGUGCCAGAUCAACACGGCGUCGGCCAUGACCAUCGCCGGGUUCCUCACCGUCGUCGUGCCACCUGACAUCGUGGACAACGAGAGCACCGGCGACGUGAUCGCGCAGGAAGGCAACGACAUCAAACUGCGGUGUCGCGCGCGCGGAUCCCCGAGGCCCACCGUCAUCUGGAAGCGCGAGGACGGCGAGUCCAUCACCGUCAACAAGUCCACGACAGUGACCGAGUACCAGGGCGAGGUUCUGCGUCUGAGCAAGGUGAGCAGGAUGGACAUGGGCCCCUACCUGUGCAUCGCGUCCAACGGCCACCCGCCCACCGUCAGCAAGCGGAUUCUCGUCAGCGUUGACUUCCCCCCGAUGCUGUGGAUCCCGCACCAGCUGAUCGGGGCGGCGCAGGGGCAGACGGUGGUCCUCGAGUGCUUCACGGAGGCGCAUCCGACCUCGCUCAAUUACUGGACCCGCGGAGAUGGCAACAUGAUUUACGACUCGGAGAAGUACCACAUCGAGAACCGCGAGGGGAACCCCGACUACAAGAUCCACAUGCUCCUGACGGUGCGGUACCUCGAGCCGCAGGACUUCGGGACGUACCGCUGCGUGGCUAAGAACCCUCGCGGCGAGACGGACGGCACCAUCAAGAUAUACGACUCGGGCCCCCCUCCGACCUCGGCGCUGCCCCUCACCACGGAAGCGGAGAUGUUCGAGAAGAUCAACAAUCAAGUCUGGGACAAGUCAGAGAAUCGUACCCACAAGCGGCCUAACCCUCAAGCAGUGAGUGGAAAAGAUGGAGAAGAGGAGGAGAUUUACGCGACCAACGAGGAGCGCAGUUUGAACCUUCCGGCCGUGGACGAGAGCUCAGCAGCCUCGAGAGCCCUUUGCAGCCUCCACCUCUCCCUGUUGCUCGUGGCGGCCUUGCUUCGGGGUCGCCUCUUCUGAAACACUUAAAGCCCGAAGCAAAACCCUACGCUUGUGUGAAUCAGAUGUACGCUUCUCCGCCAACAGUGACCGGUGUCACUUGUUUGAGUCUUUUGUGAUGUUUUCGCCACGCCCUCAACUUCCUAUGUCAAAAAAGUAACUGAAGAGGUCGAGGGGAAUCGUGGUUUUAUAGAAAAUUAGAAUUUUAUGGUUUCCGUUAGGAUCAUGGACGACCAAGAUUUCUUCUAACGCUCUAUAGAAGGAUGUAUAUGAGAAGAUCGGUCGCUAUCGGAAGGCUUUUAUUGUCUAAGUCGUUAGACGAUACAGGCCGACAUCCCAUGCUGUUUCAGGCGCCAAGGGUGGACUCGCCUAUUGCUCACACAGAGAAAAGAAUCUACAAUGUGUCUUUAAACACUGUCUUUACUUGCAUGACUUGACCAAAUGUCACGGAAAAGGGAAUGUGACGAUUUCUGUUAAACUUUAAGUAUUUUGAAUAAACAUAUUCUUGGUUC